GCACUAGGAGGUCCAGCUCAACAUUGGGAGGACUGAUUGAGCUCAGUCAGUGGAGAGAACCAUCUUUCAACCACGGUCUGUGUCCUUGUUCAUCAUCAGCUUCGGAGCCAUAGAAAGGUUGAUAAUAGUGUUCAUCGGAAGACCACAUUGGGCGGCUUGGUUUGAAAUGCCUGGAGCUCCAACUUAGGGCGUUAUUUUGCAGGAAGCUGUAUUUUGCCUCUUCCUCCUGAGGAGUAAUGUGUGGACCGAAUCAGAACGUCAACAAAACUAAUGAAGCAUGUCCCGGCCACAGGCCCUAGCAGUGACAGCGGCCACAUUACUGGGCACGGCUGUGGGCUGCCUGUACUUGUGGAAGGCCUUUAAAAGUCCCAAAUGGAAGAAGGCUCUUGCCAGCCAGAAUGGAGAGCCUGUGAAAAGAGGAGAGAGCACCGCACAGAGUGGCAAAGAGGAAUCUUGCCAGCCGGACUGCCGAGCUGAUUUUGUCAAUCCCAGUCCACUGGUAGGGAAGCUGCUGACGGCAGAUGCCUUAAUAGUGGAGUCAGAGGCUGAGUGGGAGCAAGCCUGGCCACUGCUGAAGGCUGAAUUGGAACAUUACCCGCUCAUAGGAAUUGACUGUGAGUGGAUUUCUAUAAAGGGAAAGCCAAACCCCGUGUCUCUCCUUCAGCUUGCCUCUUACAGUGGCCUCUGCCUUCUUGUCCGCAUACCACAGAUGACCAGGGAUGGCCGAUUGUUGCCAAAGACUUUACUCGACCUGUUGGGGAAUGGUAGUGUUCUAAAAGUUGGUGUUGAUGUCUUCGAGGAUGGCUGCAAGUUAUUCCGAGAUUACUGCAUUACAGCCAGGGGCUGCUUGGAUGUGAGAUACUUGGUCAUGCGCCAGAGCCCUGGUCACCUUUUGUUUUAUAGCAGGAAGAAUAAUUUUACCUGCUCCCUCAGUCUGAAGUCCUUGGCUCAAGACAUCUUACAUUUUACCCUCGACAAGUCCCUCCACCUGCGAUGUAGCAAUUGGGAGGCAGAAGAACUCACUGAUGAGCAGGUAGCAUAUGCUGCACAAGAUGCCCAGGUGUCUGUGGCUCUGUUCUUUCAUCUGCUGGGAUUCAGUUCUGCACCACUUGAAGAUGGUACCUCAUCUGAAUGUGAGCCCAGAUGGAGGCGGAUGCUGGCACGGUGCCAGGGCCUGGUAGAUAUUCCAUUUAAGGGCAAAAUGGGCGGUAGCAGAGGGGAAGAUGGAAUGAGAGAGACAAACUCUCAGCAGAGACGACGAAACAAGAAGCUUGGGACCAACCAGAAAUCUCUGUCAGAUCUGAACACCCAAGACCCAAGAAAAAUUCAGCACAAACCACUGGGGGUGGGAUAUUCUGCCAGGAAAUCGCCACUAUAUGACAACUGUUUUCUCCAUGCUCCAGAUGGACAACCUCUGUGCACCUGCGACAGGAAGAAGGCUCAAUGGUAUAUAGACAAGGGCAUUGGGGAGCUUAUCAGCGAGGACCCAUUUGUUGUGAAGUUGAAGUUUGAACCAUCAGGAAGACCUGAGUCUCAGGAAGACUAUUACCUGAUAACCAAGGAGAACCUAUGUGUUGUGUGUGGCAAGAGAGAGUCUUACAUCAGGAAGAACAUUGUUCCCCAUGAAUACCGAAGACACUUCCCCAUCCAAAUGAAAGACCACAGCUCUCAUGACGUCCUGCUCCUGUGCACUGCCUGCCAUGCCACCUCAAACUAUUAUGACAAUGUCCUAAAACAGCAGCUAGCUGAGGAGUUCAAUGCACCAAUCGGUUGUGAGGAAAGUAUCCGUCUGCUGGAGGACCCAGUCCGCAGGCAGGUGCGUUCCGGAGCACGGGCCUUGUUGCAUGCUGACAGCCUUCCUGAGGCUCGGAGGGAAGAACUGCAGAGUGUCCUUAAGGCUUUCUACGGUAUGGAGACAUUGACUAGAGAGAUCCUUGAAGAAGGAGCAUCGCUGGAAACCCGGAUAUUCAACGAGAACUAUGUCCCUCAUGGUCUGAAGGUGACGCAGUCCUGUGCCAUUGGUGGGCUCCAAGCCCUGAUGUCUUUGGAGAAACGCUGGCGACAGCACUUCUUGGACUACAUGCGGCCCCGGCACCUUCCAUCUCUGUGGUCUGUGGAUCACAAUCACAGCAAGCUCAUCCGCAAGUAUGGGGAGGACUUGAAGAUUGAAUUGACGUGAAAUAAGAAGGCGUAUGCCAUUCAAUUCUGUGUUUUUGUUUUGCAAUUGUUUCUCAAGACUGAACAACGCUCAUUGAUGCAUGAGAGCACAUGCAUCAAUCUGCUCAUAAAGUACUGGGAAGGACUGCAAGCUUCUUUUAAAAAAUUUUUGAAAGCGGGGAGUGAUACUGAAACGAUGAACAGAUAGAUGAAACACUAAGGCUGGUCUCUGACUUAUUAUUAGGGAACAGAUUCAAAACAGAUACCAGAGACCUGCUUUGCAAGCAUAAUGGACAUCGUACUAUGUCACCUAACGUACAUUUUUAAAUUAGGAUUUUACUAAACAAAAACUCAAUUCAAUUUUCAUUUUUAAAUAAAAAAAAUUUUGUACCACAUGAAUAGGGAGUCUUCUACAUGGAAGAGGCAUCAAUUCUUAACGGUGGAUAGUCUGCACUGUGAGUGGAGGUUCUAUCAUGACCAAAUCACCUGGAAUUCUGAAGGUUAGUUAUUGUCUGUGGGGUUUAAGUAUCGAGUAAUUAGACUUUGUAAUAGUUGCUGGCCCAAAAGUUGCUAGAACAGUAAAAGACAUUUUAACUUUUACACGGUGCCACAGUCAAAGCCAAUUCUCAGUAAUCCCCCAGAAAGCUUAUGGAUUUCCAAGUAUCUUAUACUCAUCAGCAACAAGCACUUUCAGAAUUACAAUCUCCCAGUGCAGUGUUGGAAAGUGAAAAUUUCUGCGUAAUAAUGUCACUUCCAGUUUGCAUAGUUCCGCGGGUCCAAUUUGAGCCAGUCCUUCCACAGAAAGAAGCUCCUUCAUCAACACUUUGCAGAUGUCCACCCUUUGUAAUCAUGUCUCGGGUUAAUGCUCACUAGAUUUGAUGCAUGAACUUCUCUGCUCCUUCGCCUUGGCAAACUCUCUAUGAUCUGAAAAACAUCAUGCUUGAGCCCUCAAUAAACACAUGGUUUACAAUUACAAAA